GCUGUUAAGCUACUUCUUAGCUGUAGAUUGGUUUUGUGUUGACUGUAGUGUUAAUACUUAUUUCAGAGACCCAGCAGGAGAAGGAGCACUGAGAGCAGCAUGGAGGAGAACAAAGAGACCCCCAGAACUCAGAAACAGAGAAGAAGAAAGGAACCCAAACUUUUCAGCUGUGACCAAUGUGGGAAAUAUUUCACUACAUCAAGUGGACUUCAAAUCCAUUGUCCUAUUCACACUGGAGAGAAACUAUACAGCUGUGACCAGUGUGGGAAAACAUUUUCUCAACGUGGUAACCUGAAAGUCCACCAACGAAUCCACACUGGAGAGAAACCAUACUGGUGUGAAGAGUGUGGGAAAACGUUCACUACAUCAAGUCAACUCACAAUCCAUCAUCCUAUUCACACUGGAGAGAAACCACACAGCUGUGAAGAGUGUGGGAAAACAUUUACUACAUCAAGUCACCUCACAAUCCAUCGUCGUAUUCACACUGGAGAGAAACCAUACUGGUGUGAAGAGUGUGGGAAAACGUUCACUACAUCAAGUCACCUCACAAUCCAUCGUCCUAUUCACACUGGAGAGAAGCCAUACUGGUGUGAAAAGUGUGGGAAAACUUUCACUGCAUCAAGUCACCUUACAAUCCAUAGUCGUAUUCACACUGGAGAGAAACCAUACUGGUGUGAAGAGUGUGGGAAAACCUUUUCUCGAAGUGAUAUACAUAAAAUCCACGAACGCACUCACACUGGAGAGAAACCAUUUAGCUGUGACCAGUGCAACAAAGCUUUCACAAGAUCUUGGUAUCUUAAAGUCCACCAGCGCACUCACUUUGCCUCCAUCUGAUCCUUUUCUGAGUGAAGCUAGCAUUCCCCCUGCUUUCUCCAAAUGUAAAGCUGACAAACAGUGACUUUACGUUCUAAUUAACAUGUUUUUUAUGACUACAUUCAGACCUCCCAAAAUCCUGCUGUUCUCACACACAAUUAGCUCUAUAUGAGAGUGCUCUUGUUAAUACAAAUGUUUUUUUAUUUACAUAGAGCAGCUUUAUACUGUUGAACUUAACAAUGAUCUGUCUACCAGCAGACUGUAGAUGAGACGUUUAGGGAACAUCUGCAAAUAGAAGCAUCUCUGGGAUCUUUUACAUACUUCCUAAUCAAUUAUCCGUUAUGUCUGCAGUUGCAAUUUUA